AUGCCUUCUUCGCCGUCAGACUCCGUUCUCCAAUUCGACCCGAUUGAAGACACUGUCGAAGCUUUUAAGAGAGGAGAGUUUAUUAUUGCGCUGGAUUCGCAAGACCGCGAGAAUGAAGGCGAUCUUAUUAUCGCUGCGGAAUCAGUCACUGAUGCCCAGAUGGCAUUCCUCGUUCGGUUCACAAGCGGUCUAAUCUGCGCUCCCAUUACCCCCGAAAUCGCCGACCGCCUCUCCCUCCCCCAAAUGGUUACUCAUAACGCCGACCCUAAAGGCACCGCCUACACCAUCUCCAUCGACUCCAGCGACCCCUCCGUAACAACCGGCAUCUCCGCACAGGACCGCUCCCUCGCCUGCCGCACCCUGGCCUCCCCAACCGCCCGCUUCGAAGACUUCCGGCGCCCGGGCCACAUUAUCCCGCUGCGCGCGCGGCCCGGCGGCGUGCGCGAACGAACGGGACACACCGAGGCUGCUGUUGACCUGUGCAGGUUGGCAGGUAAGAGCCCUGUGGGUGUUAUUGCAGAGUUGGUUGAGGAUGGGGAGAUGACCGAAGGAGUCGCUGAGAUGAGAGGGAGCAAUGGGAUGAUGAGGAGGGAUGGGUGUUUGCGGUUUGGGAAGAAGUGGGGGAUUAAGGUGUGUACGAUUGAGGAUUUGGUGGAGUAUAUUGAGAGGACGGAGGGGAAGUUGGCUGCGUCUAUUAAUGGAAAGCAUUGA